CUUAUAAUUCAUCCUUGUAUUGCGGUAUAUCCUAACCACCAUAGGCGCGAGUUUGACAGAGUAUAGGUUUAUUUUACUAUGUAACAUAUGAGUCAAUAUGUUCUCAACGAUUACAAGAUGUAGAAAUUUUGGAUCUUGGAAAAAUCGGCUCUCCCGUGUAACGCCAGUCCGGUUUUAUGCGAGCAGACCGGAGUCCAUUGACCAUUCACUUUCGGCUACAUUAAUAGAGAAAGCAAGAAAAUUAUCAAAUGAAUACAAGGAGAUUGAGAUUAAUCGAUCGGAAAACGAAGCACAUAAUAACGUUAAUAAUGUAGACCUGGCCAAAAGGUUUGUGAGGUUACAGAAGAUUUAUAACUCUUUCUCUAAUUAUGAAUCGGUUUACAAGCAACUAGAGGAAUUACAAUCAAUGGAAGCUUGUGAAGCCGAUGCAGAGUUGAAACUGCUGGCCCGGUCGGAAACGGAUAGUCUGCGGCCAUUACUCUUAAGCUCCAUCGAAAAAUUAGAGAACUCUUUACUUUCACAACCACUUUCACACCAAUCUUCAGCACUUAUAGAAAUCCGCCCUGGCGUAGGAGGUACCGAGGCGGCGUUAUUUGCAAAAGAGCUAGCAGAUUUGUAUACGAAGUAUGCAAACUACAAAAACUGGAAAACUAAAAUAAUCUCAAGCAGCGAAGUUCAAGGAACUGAAGGUAUCUCGGAAAUGAUUUUUUCAGUUGAUGGAGAAGGAGCCUAUGGCCACUUGAUGCUUGAAGGAGGUGUCCAUCGUGUCCAAAGAACCCCCGCUACUGAAACGAAGGGAAGAGUACAUACUAGCACUGCUUCUGUGAUUGUUCUUCCCCAGAUGCCCGAAGAAGAUUCGUCUUCCUUGUACAGUCCUUCCGACAUAAAGAUAGAAGUGAUGCGGUCGCGUGGUGCAGGAGGGCAGCAUGUAAAUCGUACAGAAUCAGCUGUCCGUUUAACGCACGUACCUACUGGCAUUACUGUAAGCAUGCAGGAUUCUCGAUCACAACAUCAAAAUAGAGAGAAAGCAUUUAUGGUUUUGAAUUCCCGUUUGGCUGCUAUUAAGGAAGCAAAAGAAAUGGAAGAAGAGAGAGCGAAAAGAAAAGUUCAGGUUUCUUCUUCUUCUAGGUCCGAAAAAUUACGUACUUAUAAUUACAAUCAAAAUCGUGUAACAGAUCAUCGGUUAGGUUUGAGCUAUCAUAAUUUAGAUUCUUUCUUGGAGGGUACAAAUAAAUUCGACGAAUUUUUGGAAACAAUAAGGAAAUGGAAUCGUCAGCAAUUACUUACAUCGCUGGAUAUCUAAAAAUUUUCUGAAUAACAUUCUUUUAUUUCACGCCUACAGAAAGACUUAAUUUAUUUAGAUAAUAAUCUAU